GUUACCUGACUGCAUUGCCCACAGCAACCCAAUAUUCAAUUAGAAUAAUGUUAUAAAUUGAUAUGGAUUCUCCCCCAUCUUCCUACCUCUUAUUAUAUUAUAAAUGCUCUGUUUGGUUGUUAUGUUUGCCUUUUGGUUGACAGCACAAAGAGUGAGCGAGGAGGAUAGAGAAGGAAAGAGAGCAUGAUGGAGUCGGCACAGAGAGAGAAAGAGAGAGAGCAAGAACCAGUGAGUGUCAUCAUGAGCAAGAGGAAGGGUGGCGGUGACAUUCGUCAGUUUUUUGGGCAGCCUCAGAAAAGAAGAAAAAGUAAAGAGAGAGAGGGAGAGAGAGAGCAUGAUGAUGCCGACUGCACAGGGAGAGCAGGUGACAUGGAGAUAAUACACUCAAGCAGAGAGAGUGAGUUUGCAGGCGAGAGCAGACAGGCAGGGGAAGAUGAAGGUGCAGGAGAGGAAGGGGAGGAGUUUGGACCUUGCCCAACUCAGCCAAAUGUGAACGUCAUACCUAGUCAAACCCUAUUAAAUAGGACUCUCUACUUUCAGGAGAAAUGGUUUAAAGAUUAUACUUGGCUCCAUUACAGCCCCUCCUUAAAGGGGGUCCUCUGUUUCUAUUGUGCUAAAUACUUUGCAACACAAAAGUCUAAGCUUGUGUCAAAAGCAGAUUCAGCUUUUGUCAAGACUGGCUUUCAAAACUGGAAGAAGGCACUGGAGAAAUUUAGUGCGCAUAAAGACAUGCAGUGUCACAAAUUAGCUGUGAUGACUCGGAUUCAGGAGCCCAAGCCUGUUAAUAUGCAAUUUUCACGUGAGCUUGAAAGACAGCAGCAACAAGCGAGGAGAAAUCUUAUGAAGAUUGUCGGGGCUGUGAAGUACUUGGCGUGGCAAGGUCUGGCUUUUCGAGGUGUUGAUAAGGAGAGUGGGAAUUUCAACCAGCUUCUGAAGUACAAGGCAGAGGGCGAUGCAGAGCUGACCAACUGGCUGAAAGGUCACGUUGAUUUCACCAGUCCCCAAAUGCAAAAUGAAAUUUUGAAAUUUUGGGCAAUACAAAUGUCAAAGAAAUUGUGUCAGAAAUAACAUCAACGCUAGUGGUCCAGUUUGCAUUUACCAUUGAUGGCACCCAGGAUAUAUCAGGAGUUGAGCAGGAGUCCAUAUGUUUGUGCUUUGUAGAUGCAGAUCUACAACCAAAGGAAGAAUUCCUGGGACUCUACGAAGUAUCAUCAACGACAGAGCAAAAUAUAGCCAAGAUGGCAUGUGAUGUGAUGAACAUAGGACAAGAGGAGAGGAGGAGAGUUGACUGGAGAGGAGAUGAGAAAACAGCAGAGGAGAGGAGAAGACAUGACUGGAGAGGAGAAUAUAGGACCAGAGGAGAGGAGGAGAGAGGGCUGGAGAGGAGAAGAUAGGAUGAGAGGAGAAAAUGAGAGGAGAGCAGAGCAAACGCCCCUACUGCCCACCCAAGUUUAAUUGUAAAUAUGUAAAUAAAAACAACAAUUUGCUAAACCUUGGCCACAAUAUCUGGACUUGUCUUCAUAUAACAAUGCAUACAUUUCUGUUUAUAUGAUUAUGGUUAUGCUUGUACUUUAUUAAUCCCUAAUCUCUGCCAUUACAUACAAUGAAACAAGAAAAAGUAAAAAAGAAAAAACAGCAAUGUAAUACAAUACACUAUUAGACAAUAUUGCAAAAAUAAAAAGUUCAUCCCAUGUGUUAGUGAAUUUUUAAAUACUUUAGAAUGGCAGGAAAUUAGUUUUCAAAUUUUGAAUUUUUUCUAGGAGGGGGGACCCCCAGACCCCCCGCCAGAUUUGGUCCCUCCCAAUGUUGACUCCAUGGCUACGGCCUUGCUUCAUAGAAUGUAAUAGUGGCAGUAAAAAUGACUUUAGUAGUUCCAUAUUUAGAAAUUGAGCUGUUGCCUGUUGGUAACUUUAGGUGAUGUAGGUGAAAUGGGCAUUUUGUCAUCUACAUAUUAUUUUAUAUUAUUAAGGAGGGCAAAAUAUUUUCAAGUAGUGAUACUGGCCAGUGUUCAGGCAACAUUACAGUGUGUUGUUGUUUUUAGAUUUUUUUUUUUUUGCUGAGCUAUGAAGUGCUGCUUCAGUUUGUUUGUCCCCCCCAAAACUGCGCCCCCACUGUAGUAAUGAUGAAACAAAAUUAUUUUCCUUCCUGGGUUAAAUUACUUGAUUUAGUGUCAUUGACAAUCUGUUAUAACUUUACAUCUGUUUUUUUCUUUAUAGACACAGACUCUGCAACCAAUUGACAAGUUUUUUCUCUUCAUGAACCACUUAGCUCUUGGUUUGAAGCAGAAGGAUCUGGCCCACAGAUUUCAAAUACACCGGUCAACCGCGAGUCGCAUUACUGCAACAUGGGCCAACUACCUCUUCACCAUACUUGGGUCAGUGAAAAUCUGGUUGUCUGAGGAAGAGGUCAAGGCUAAAUUGCCAGAGGUGUUCAAGGAGUAUGCAGACACACACGUUGUGCUAGACUGCACAGAACUGCGCUGCCAAACACCAUCAUCUCUGCUCCUUCAAAGUGAAGUAUACUCCAUCUACAAAUCCCAAGGUAUCUUCAAAGGGAUGACUGGCAUGGCACCACAUGGAGCAGUCACCCUGUAUUUCAGCCCUGUAUGCUGGUUGUCUGUCCUGGCCCCACGAUGGUGGAAUGACCUCCCCGUGGAAGUCAGAACAGCUGAGACACUGACCCACU